UUUUGUUUUCUUCAGACCACUCCCUUUGACCAAUCCCAUAAAUACAUAUUCUCAACUUGCCUCAUUUGAAAUUUUACAUAUAUCAGUCUGUCACAUUUACUUGUGUCAUACAGGCAAUUAUUAAGUGAUUUACAACCUUGUCUCAACUUACCUCCGUCCUGUCCAUUCAACGAAUUUGGACAGGACCCAGGAAAUUCAAGUCUGUCAUAAGAUUUUGAUCCUAAGAAUGAGUAAAAUACUGCAUUUCUUUGCGGUAUUUCUCCACAUGCCGUUAUGGCUGCUUGCUCCCUUCCUAAUUUUGGCAUUUGCUCCGAUUUACCUGCUCAGAAGUGUGGUCAAAUUGCUGGCAUUCGUUGUAAGAAAAAUUUAAGUAAGUGUACAAAAUUGCAAUUUUUAAAAAAAUUUGAAAACAACUCCGGUUUAAACCCGACUUGAUUUCCAUGCUUAUCGCGCUGGACGGAAUGUUCGCGGCGGAUGAGAUGUACGUCGCUCCAAGGAACACGGUCGUGGGUUGCAUGGUACUUGAUGGAUUUGCAAAUUUGGACCUCAUCCAGAAAAUGUUGCGAAAAAAUAUUUUGGAAGCCCGGUGUGAAAAAGAGCCGGGAACGUUGAUGUAUCCCGAAUUGCGGAGAACUAUUACGCACUGGUUGGGAUAUCCUUUCUGGAUUGAGAGUGAGUUACCUUACGGUGGAAUCCGCACCUACGACAAGGAAUUAAGCCUUGAAGAGCUGCGCAAUUUUCAGGCCCAACUAACCUUUCAACCAUACCGGAAAAAUGUGCCGUUGUGGGAGGUCGUUAUAAUCAAGAAAAUUUCGGAUCAACCAAACACUUCCGCCAUUUUGUUCCGGUUUCACCACGCCCUUGCCGACGGGCCCGCGAUGCUUUCACUUCUCCGCGAAAUGACCAGUUCACAAAAUCCGACAAAUCCGAAACAACUUGUUUCUGUUGAAAGAAGACGUACUGGAUUUGAGGCGCUCAGGGUUUUACGAGCACCGUACGAUAUUAUCAUGCAGGAGAAGGUGUUGGGCAAAAAUGAUUGGCUUAUCAAAGAUAAGCAGAAUUGGACCCAGUGCGACUUCAGCUCGCAUUAUUCGACCAUAGCUGCCCGACUCCGUUUCCAUUCCAGUGAAUCGAUCCCAUUCAGCGUAAUUCGUCAUGUGGGAGGGGCCCACGGGGUGUCGGGAACUGCGGUGCUGCAUUCGGCCAUGUUAGGGGCGGUGAGGAGGUCGUACUUUCCGAAUGGGGAAGAAUCCAUUUCCCGCGUAACGGUGCAGACCCCACAACUCUCCAUACUGGGAAAGGGACGACGUCUCUUGGGGAAUAAUGUCACAUUUGGAUGGUACUCGGCCCACAUGGGGGAACUUAAUGUAGUAAAACGUCUCCAUGAAACGCAAGAAGGUCUCCUCGCCAUGAAGAAAUCGGCCUGCCCGGUAGCGCUGGCUGUGUUCGUGCGCGCCCUGGGCAGCCUGCCUCGUCCCGGGAUAAGGAAGUUUUUUCAAGGGAAGCGCCAAGAUGAAAAAAUUUUCGUCUAUAAUAUACCCGCGCCGGGAGACGUUGAUAAUUUUUGCGGGUAUAAUAUCAAGCAUAUCGACAUGACGGUAGGAUCGUACGCGGGGAAUGCAGGUCUCGCGAUUAGUUUUAUCACUGCUGGAGGUAACUUAAGAAUUGGCGUGCUCGGUGACGAAAACGUUCUCUAUGGGAAGGAUCAAGCAAAAGAGAUAAUCAGUAAUUUUAUGGAGGAGCUGGAAGAUCUAAAAAAUGCGACGCCAUUAUCAAAAGAAAUUUAUUAUCGAGUAUAAAUAAAUAUGGACAAAUUAUUAACCGGGCAAAAAAAAGUAAAUAAAGCCUUUCAAUUUAUUUUUUCACGACAA